AUGGAUCUAGAGACUCCAACCUCUAUGGAUAUUGAUAAAGAGAAAGAAAUAGCUGAUUUACAACAUCAGUUAUUGGCUUUUGAACAACAAUGCGCGCGCAUUGAAAAAGACUAUGACGAUUUGAAAGGAGAAAAUUUAAAAUUAAAAAAAGUAAAUGAGGAUUUGGCGAAUGAUGUCUUAGAAAGAGUCAAGUUUUCAAGGAUUUUGGAAAAUGAGAGGGAUGAACUUUCAUUAAAAAUCCAUCAAAUGGAUAAUGAAAAUUUGUUACUUCGUAGUAAGAUCGAAGUUUAUGAAGGUCAAGUUGUUAAUAUAACAGAAGCUAAAGAGAAAUUUCAGGAAAAAAUUGAAAUUUUAACAAAUGAUAUCAAUGAAUUAAAAACAGUUAAUGAAACUUUAAAGAGUAAUUUAGAAAAAAAUGCGGAUGAAGCUAGAAGAAAUAGAUUAGAAAGAGAAUCGUGGAAUGAUCAGAAGAUUCUAUAUGAAAAUUCAAGAAACUGGUACAUGAAAGAGAUUAGAGACCGUGAUGAGGCUCUUGGAUCUAAGUCUAUUACUAUUAGCAAACUUGAAUUACAACUUCAGGAGGUCCAAGCUUCGGUUAAUGAAAGAGAAGAAACUCUUCAACAAGAGAUUAUAGAGUUAAAAACUCAGUUAAAGGAGAAUGAUGAAAACAUUAAGUCCUUAAUAAAAGAAGGUAAAAAAAAUUCUAGUGAGCGUUCAAAAUUAGUAGCUUCACACGAUGCAAUAAUUGAUAAUAAAGAAAAAAUUAUUGAAACAUUGAAAGAAGCUUUAGAUAUGGAACAGAAGAAGAACGAUGAUUUAGCAAAUCAAUGUCAAGCACUUGAAGAUGAGCUUAUUGAAUCUAAGAAUAAUUUUAUGAAUGCUGCUAAUGAAUUAGAUGGGUCUAGAAGUGAGUAUUUAGAAGAAAUUAGAUGUAAGGACGAAAUGAUUUCUGAUAUGAAGAAAGAAAUUGUUAGAUUAUCAUCUAGUAAUACGGGUUCUGGUAAUUGGAGUAGUCAAAAUUUAUCUGAGGUCAACGGAGAUACCACAGGUGCUUUGAAACAAUCAAGAACUUUAUCUUCAUUUAUUUUAAUGCAUUCACAUGUUGCUGCUGAAAGGGAUAAUUUGAAGGACAAAGUAAAAUAUAUGGAAGAGAAGAUGAAUCAAUUUGCCGAAAGUAUGACUGAAAAUAUAAAGGUUUUGGAAAAUCAAUUGAUUGAUUAUAAAGAAACACUUCUUGACAACAAGUCAUUAAGGGCUCAAAUUGGGAAUGUUCAAGAGAUGUUAGAAGAUGCUGUUGAUACAAAAGAUAAACUUCAAAGAGAGUUGAAUUACACCAAAACUCAGCUUAUGAGAUAUCAAGUUGACAGUCAAGAAUUAAGUAAACAGGUAAAAAGACUUUUGUACAUGGUCGAAAGUGAAAGAAAAGGAUUUGAAGCGUCAGAAGUUGAAGAGAGUGAAAGUCUAUUUUCAGAUAUUGAUUCAUUACAGAAAGUCAACUCUGAACUACGUUCCAGGUUAUUACUACUUGAAGCAAACAAAGAGGAAGAUCUCCAGAAAGCCAGGGAAGCUGAAGCUGAAAAAUUGAGUGCGCAACUUAUUAAAGCUGAAGAAGAUUUAAAAAUUGUUCAAGAACAAAUGAAGGUUCAAACAGAAAUGUUAAAGAAAAUUCAGGAACAGAGAGAUCAUUUUGCUGAAACAAUUGAAACAUAUAACAAAAUGGGUCUUUCAGCAGAUGCUCAGAAUUUACGUAUUUCUCUUGACGAACUCAAGAAUGAGAAAACUAGACUUGAAGCUAAGAUUUCACAUCUUGAGGAACUUACUGUAACAUUAAAUGAACAGAAAAAUGAGAGUGAUAAAAUUUACAAAGAGCGCAUUGAUGAACAAACUAAAUUAAUAGCUGAAUUGCGUGGUACAGUUGGUAAAUUGGAGUCAGAUGUUCAAUAUCUAAGACAAUGCAAUAAGAUUACAGCUCAAAAUACUGAAGCUUUAGAACGUGCGAAUAAUCGUUUCAUCAAAAAGAUCGAAGCUUUGACAAGAGAAAAUGAAAAGAAAUUUACUGAAAUAGGUAACUUGAAUAGAAAACUUAUCGAAUAUCAAGAGGAAAUUUCACAUCUUAAAGUUGAAAAAAGAAGUCUCGAAGAUCAAAAUAAAAUAUUAGCUAGUAGUGAAGUACGACUUCAAACUGAAAAUGAAACUUUGCGUGGAUUUUCUUCUCGUGCAAAUAAGGUUGAAACAGCUGUCGAUGAGAUUCAGGACUUUAUUAAAAAAAUGUCUGAAGAUAAUAUUUUCAAUUCACAAGCUCAGUUGGAUGCUCUUAUUAAACAACGUGAUUCAAUUAAUGAAACUUUCAAAACAACAAUGGAACAAAAUAAUAGAAAUAUUAAUGAUCUGAAAGCAAAUAUAGCAAAAUUGGAAGGUGAUAGGAAAAUUUAUGAUGAUAAAAUUAAAUUAAUGGAGACAUUACUUAAGGAAAAAGAAACAGAAAUUGUUAAUCUUAAGGAUAAAAUAACGUUUACAGAAAGUCAACUGGGACAAUUUAAUGAUGGUUCACUCACAACAGAGGAUUAUAAGGGUGAAGUUAGAAAAAUGGGUACAGCUAAAGCUUAUCUUGAGAGACGAUGUGCUGAGCUUGAAGAACUGGUAAAUAAUUAUAAAUUAAGACUUAAAGUAAAAGAUGAACAACUUAAUAAGAUAUCUGAAUUUUCAGAAGAUGUUGAAUCAGCUUUGAAGCAAGCUAAUGACUUAGAAAAUAGUGAAAGAAAUCGUCUUCAAGAACAAUUGUUUUUAAGUGAAGAAGAAUUGAAGACAGUGAAAAAAAAUCUUGAAGAUUCUAGAAGUAUGAUUUCAUCUCUUGAAACAGAAUGUAAUCAUAAAACUACUGAACUUGAGAAUAUGUCUAUCAAGAUGCAAUCUAUAGUAUCUCAGAACGAAAGCAAUUUCCAAAAUUUAAAUAAUCUUUUGGAAACAACAGUGCGGGAUGCAACAAUUCUCAGGGAAGAAGUUGAUAGACUUACUCAAAUUAAAGAAACAUUAAGUGAAACAAUUUCUGCUUUUGAAUCUCAAGUAACCGAAUUAGAAAAGACAAUUGAAAGUAAGGACGAAAGUUUAAAAAAACUUGAAUAUGCUCUUAGUCAAAAAGAUGUUUCAUUAAAAGCAUUGAAUGAAGAGUUUGAAGCUUACAAAAAUGUAAUGGAUACAGAACGUGAUAGACUUCAAAAUAGAAUUGAUGAAAUGAUUACUUCAGAAAAAGUAAAGGUUGAAAAUAAUGACCAUAUGUUGAAUGAAUUGAGAAGUCUUAUUAGUAGUUUUACUGAAAUAAGAGAGAAAAAUAUUUUAUCAUGUACAAUAAAUACUUCUAUGUCAAGUAGUUUUAUGACUUCAGCAGAUGAAGAUGAUUCAACAGAAAAGUAUAUUGAAACAAUUGCGCGAUUGAAUAGAAUGAUAGAAUGUUUACAGAAUGAUUGUCAAUCAACUUUACAAAGAUGUGCAAAUGCUGAAUGUGAAUUAACUAAUGUUCGUUCAUUACUUGCUGUUGAAAAAACUAACACAUCACUUCUUGAUGCAAAAGUGAAAGAACUUCGACAUACUAUUGAGAUUCAAUUACAAGAACUUAAAGAUAAAAAUUUACUUGUUCAAAAAUUAAAAGUUUUUGAUAUAACAAAAGAAGAAUUAGAUAAAGUUAAAGGAGAGCUUCAGGAAAUUAUCCAAAGAUGCACCGAACUUGAGAAUCAGCUAAAGGAAAAAGAAAAUAUAAACUUGGCUCUUGAGUCUAAAAAUGUAGUUCUUGAAAACGAGAAAGAAAAUUUGUUUAAAGAUUUAACUUCUGUUUCAAAGGAAAGAGAUUCCUGGAAGAAACAAAAUGAAAGGAAUUUAGAAAUUCUUGCUAAAUAUGGUCCAUCUAAAUGUGAAAUGUUAGUUACAGAAAUAGAAACAGCAAAAUCAGUUAUUUCCAAACUUAAAGAAGAAAAUAAAAAAUUAACUGAGGAGCAAGCUAAUAAGAGUGUUGAUUCUAGUGAAGAAGAAGGCUAUAAGAGUAAAUUCAUACGAGUGCGUAAACUUGCACGAGACUACAGAGAUCAAGCACAAAUAUUGAAAGAGAAAAGUGAGAGAUUAGAAAAGAUAAUUGAAGAAAAAAAUAAUACAAAAGAGGGAGAUAAUGAUGGAACAAUUGCAGAAUUACAAAAUCAGAUUAAUGAAAAGAAUAUUGAAAUUGAAAAUUUAAAUAAAGAAAUAAGUAUUUUGAAGGAAAAAAUAGAAGAUUUAACAUUGGAGUUAGAUAGAAAUAGUUUAAUUGAAAAUCUUGCUCAACAGUAUUCAAAUGGUUUGAAAGUAAAAGAAAAUGAAAUUAUUGAAUUGAAGGAACAAGUAAAAGAAUUAAAGAGUCGUAUAGAAGACUUGUUAAAACCUGAAAAAGAAGAUGAAAUAGUUGAGGAUUCUCAGGAAACAGAGGUGCUUACAAAUGAUGAUGAUGCAGAUGAUCUUGAGGCACCAACACCACCAGAUAAUGGCAAUAGAAAGCGUGGAAUUUCACAAGAGCUUGAUUUUCAUGAUGAUCUUGGUGAAGAUAUUUAUGAUACACAUAAGAAAUCUAAAUUCGAUGAAAAUAUUGAUAUUCUUCAAAAUACUGAAGAUAUUUUGGAAGACCCAAGUGUUUAA